CCAGCCCAAACGCCACGAGCUCUACGACGCACGCUUCCCUCAAUCAAAAAAAGAAAAAGAAAAACCUAACGCACGGAGGCUGAACGGACGCACGCACUCCGGCGCCGCCUCCCCGUUCCCGGCCUCCCCCCCGCGCUCAGUGGCCGUGCCCCUUGCAUCCUGGCCGUGCUGCACUGCUUCUGCGUUGCGCCGUGCGCCCCUGCUGGCUCCGGCCAGCCGGCCUUCCCCCGCGGCGGCGACGAGCAGAGCAGCCGACGAGGCGACGAAGGACUCUUCCGCUGCGCCCCGGGCCCGUGAUUCUGCCGCCGCCGGCUCUGUGUGACCUGCCGCUGGCUACUGCCGCCGCCGCGCCCUUAGUCUCGCUGAAAAUAAAUUUGGCCCGGGGUUUGCUUCAAUCCUGACAACGCCACUGGCCAUUCCUACAGUGCCGGCGACGAGCGGCGGAGCAGGAGGAGGCGCCCGGCGACUCGGAUGAGAUGAACUGCACUGGAAAUUUUCAGUCCCAUACUGCUAACUGACCAGGGAAAUGACUGGUCUGUGAACUUCGGCUCAAUAGAGUUGAGAGCCACUAGUGAGUAGAGAGUGUAUACUAUACAGUAGAGGACUAGUUAUUGUUGUGUGUGUUUGCAGAGUUUAUGAUUCAAAAUAUUACACAAGUACUAUCUGCCCUGCCCCAAAUUGUUUCUUUCUGACCAGAUAUCACAGAAAUAAACAAACAGUUUCAGUGAUUUCAUUUCAUUCAAACUAACUUCAGAUAAGCCAUCAAAGAAGUGGGCAAGCAUUUUUAGAAAAGAGAGCAAAUGCGCACAACUUAAGGGAAUAUGGGUCUCCUUUUGGCGAAAGCAUCAAUUCCCCCAGUAGUCUCUUAAUCAGUUCGGAUGCUACUGUACGUGAAGGAUGUUCGUUCUGAGCCAGAUUGAGCACAACCUGCCGAUGCCUCCGCACUUGCUGAAUCGCCCUCUUGUCGACGCCAUCAAGGCCGAGCUCGAGAGGCUCUUCCUGGAUAAGGUGGUUGCAAAUCUCGGGCUCUGCGUGUCCGUCUAUGACAUCCUUUCCGUUGAAGGCGGAUUCAUCUUUCCAGGAGAGAGCUGCUCGACGUAUAAAGUUUUCUUUAGGUUAUUGAUGUUCAGGCCCUUUCUUGGGGAGGUUAUUGUUGGGAAAAUCAGUGGAUAUGAUGAGGAGGGUUUACAAGAAUUCAUAGUCGCUCCAGCAUGUCUCGUCCAAGAUGGUGUCGGGGCUUCUGUUGGGGUUCAUGUGCACUGUGCCGUACGAAGAAGUGUAAACAAGGCGGCGGAUGCCCAUGUCCGCCGCCGCGUUCACCACGUUUCUGGUUCCCUCCACGGCGACUGGCAUGAGUUCCUACACAGAGCCCCGCGGCCGAGAACAGGCAGCUAGCAUUAAUUAUUUAUAUGAUAAUUACGUAUAUAUGCUGCAAAAUAGCAAGUGAACUGACAACAUCGUUGGACACUGGAGAGGCAACAUGGAAGACACCAUUGCAGCCAUCGAAGGCGGCACGGAGGCUGUCGUAGUCCAGGACGUCGGCGCGGCGCAAGGAUAGCCUCUCAUCGGCUCCCUCCAAGGUAUGCAAGUGGAUGUUCUUGCGGUCCGCUUCACAUGAUUGAUGCACGACGCCAAGCAAGUGAUGGACUAGCAAAGGUAACUAGCUAGGAGGUAUAUAUGCAAGAUGCAUGUGCUUAGAGGUACCUGGGUCUCUAGCGGUUCCCCUGACACGGUAGCCACGGUGGAGGAGCUCCUUCACCACCCAUGACCCAAUGAAGCCCCCUGCCCCCGUCACACAAACUAGCUCCUGCGUUCGCUGCUUAUCAGCGCUGCUGUUAUUGGCCAUGGAAUCAAUUUCUGGCUGUAACUUGCAACACUGAGAGAGACUAAAUUGAUUCUCUUUCCUGCUACGUACACAAACUUUCCUUGUGGGUUGCCGUGUAUUUAUAAUGCAAUGCAUGCUUAUACCUGGCCUGGGUCUCUAUCUAAUAACUUCUUAAAAAAGUUAUGGCUGUGUGCAUAGCCGAGGGUAUUCCUCUCUUUUCGGAAAACAAAUUCUAACUAUAAAAAUAAGCUAGGCAAGUGGGGCCUAGUGCUAUAUAAAUACCUAUAUACAUCAGCAACCGGA